AAGGGGCAAACACGCAUCGGUCGCCUUUUUUUAUCUUCAAGAAAACCCUAAUCUAAUAAUCUCAAGCAACACUCGACUAAAAAGGCAGCCUUUUCAAUUAGUUUUCUUCAAUUGAAUUUGAUUCUCUUGGCUCCGAUUUAAAUACUCUAUUAAGAAAACAUGACGGACGAUAAUGUGAGUAACGAUUUGAAGGACGAGGUCCCGGAACUUGCGCCUUUCGAUCCUACCAAGAAGAAGAAAAAGAAGAAGGUUGUAAUGCAGGAUAUUGUAGAUGACUCUGUAAAUAAGCUUGCUGAGAAAACUGAAAAUUUGUCAGUCUCUGAUGGGAUUGAUAGUGCUUUUACUGGUUUGAAAAAGAAGAAGAAGAAACCUGUAGAAACCAGUAUUUUGGAUGAAGAGACCCCUGAUGCAGGGGAAGAGUUGGAUGAUCAUGUAGGAGAGGAGGAGGAAGGAGAAGGACUUGUGGUGCAACAACAGCUUUAUCCAUGGGAGGGGACUGACCGUGACUAUGAGUAUGAGGAGCUCCUUGGUAGGGUUUUCAACAUUUUGCGUGAGAACAAUCCAGAGCUUGCUGGAGAUAGGCGGAGAACUGUAAUGCGGCCUCCACAGGUGCUUCGCGAGGGGACAAAGAAGACUGUUUUUGUGAAUUUCAUGGAUCUCUGCAAGACAAUGCACCGGCAACCAGACCAUGUUAUGGCCUUCUUACUGGCUGAGUUGGGAACAAGUGGAUCUCUGGAUGGACAGCAAAGGUUAGUUGUGAAGGGAAGAUUUGCUCCUAAAAAUUUCGAGGGGAUUUUGCGAAGAUAUAUCAAUGAGUAUGUCAUUUGCCUUGGUUGCAAAAGUCCAGACACGAUUCUAUCAAAGGAGAACCGUCUCUUUUUCCUCCGCUGCGAAAAGUGUGGUUCUGGACGAUCAGUUGCCCCAAUUAAAGCUGGUUUUGUUGCCCGUGUUGGCCGCAGAAAUGCUGGGACAUGAGUUUCUAGAUCUCAGAUCUGAGCUGUGUUGCUGGAUUAGCAGUAUAAUUAGUAAUUUAUGGUAUACGAGAAAGACUUGUAAAAGUAAGAUGCUGUUUUGCAGCAGUUCUCUUACAGAGUUAAUUUUCUUUAUCUCUUAAAAGUUUUUUUGAAAUUGUAUUUCGAAGAAACAAUAUUGGUUUUGGUCAAUCCACCAUCUUUUCAA